AUGUCUAAAUGUGUUAAUUCAUUGUACUCGUUACUUGGAGUGAGUGAAGAUGCAUCGUUAUUGGAUAUCAAAAAAGCUUAUCAUUUAUUUUUAAGAACUAAUCACCCUGAUAAAACGGGAAUUCAAGGAAAUGAAGAUAUAAUUCAACAAGGAAUGUUUGCUUGGAAGCAAUUAGGAAAUGAAGAUACCAAAAAAGCGUAUGAUAAGUUUCUUCAGGAACAAAAGUUGCAUUUGUUGAAAAAUAAUUAUGAAUCUACAAUAUCAAGUUGCCAAGUGUUAGAUGAAGAUGAUAUCACACUACUAAAAAAUGAAGGAGAAAUUCUUAUUCCUUGUGUGAGAUGUGAUUAUGAUAUCAGAUUAUCGUUGUCUGAUUAUUUAUGUAUUUUCAAAGAAGCAUUCUUUGAAUGCCCAGCUUGUUCUAUGAUUACAAAAGUAAUUGUAAAAAAUAAUUAUAGUAAAUAA